AUGCCUGCCUACCUCCUCUCUCGAGUCGGCGACCCCAUCUUCGCCCUUACAAUGGGCGUUGCCGCUGUCAUGUCCCGAAUUCGCCGCGACCAGAUCGAACAGAACCCCUCAAGAGCUUCAGAAAUCGGAUACGGAACUGUCGUGCAGCUCGGACAGCAACGGUUGCAGCGGUGGUGGAAUGGCGACUACCAGGAUCUAUAA